CUCGCCUCGCCCCAAAAUCACCACGCCACACGAAAGAAUUGCUUCCAUCAUGCCGGGCGUGGUGAAAGGCCCGUCGACGCUCUACGACAAGGUGUUUGAGCAGCACAUCGUCGACGAAAAGCCGGAUGGCACAGUCUUGCUUUACAUUGACCGACAUCUCGUCCACGAAGUCACAAGCCCACAGGCCUUCGAAGGACUGAAGAAUGCCGGCCGCAAGGUGCGGAGACCAGACAACACCCUAGCGACAACAGAUCACAAUGUCCCAACGACGCCCCGGAAAAACUUCAAGAACAUUAGCCAAUUCGUGGAAGAGGAGGACAGCAGAAUACAGUGCGAGACGCUGGAGCAGAAUGUGAAGGACUUCAAGCUCACCUAUUUUGGCCUUGGCGAUAAGAGGCAAGGUAUUGUUCAUGUCAUCGGACCUGAGCAAGGCUUCACUCUUCCUGGCACAACAGUGGUAUGUGGUGACUCGCACACCAGUACUCAUGGCGCUUUCGGCGCUCUUGCAUUCGGCAUUGGCACGAGUGAAGUCGAGCAUGUCUUGGCCACACAGACUCUCAUGACCAGCCGGAGUAAGAACAUGAAGGUUCGGGUUGAUGGCGAGCUUGCACCAGCAGUCAGCAGCAAGGACAUUGUCUUACAUGUCAUCGGACAAAUUGGCACAGCUGGAGGUACUGGUCAUGUCAUCGAGUUCUGCGGCUCUGCCAUUCGAGCCUUGAGCAUGGAGGCCAGAAUGAGUAUGUGCAAUAUGUCCAUCGAGGGAGGUGCGCGUGCUGGCAUGGUCGCUCCAGAUGAGAUCACAUUUGAGUACAUCAAGGGCAAGCCAUUGGCCCCAAAGCCAGACUCAGAAGAAUGGAAGAAGGCCGUCAAGCACUGGCAGGCACUGAAGAGCGACCCUGGCGCAAAGUGGGACGCUGAAAUCAUCAUCGAUGCCAAGGACAUCGCCCCUACGGUCUCCUGGGGUACUUCACCCCAAGACGUCGUGCCCAUCACUGGCAAGGUGCCUGGCCCAGAUGACUUCCAGGACAAGGACAAGAAGCAAGCAUGCGAGCGCGCCUUGAAAUAUAUGGGGCUGGAAGCUGGUACUCCCAUGACAGACAUAGUCCUCGACAAAGUCUUCAUCGGCUCUUGCACUAAUUCACGAAUCGAGGAUCUUCGCAUCGCCGCACGUAUCGUCAAGGGCAAGAAGAUCGCGCCAAACCUCAAGCGUGCCAUGAUUGUACCAGGUUCCGGCCUGGUGAAACAAAGAGCUGAAUCGGAAGGCUUGGAUAAGAUCUUCACCGACGCCGGGUUUGAAUGGAGAGAAGCAGGUUGCUCCAUGUGCUUGGGCAUGAAUCCAGACAUUCUGUCUCCUGGCGAGCGAUGUGCAUCAACAAGCAACCGCAAUUUCGAGGGUCGACAGGGAGCGGGAGGACGGACACAUCUGAUGUCCCCAGCAAUGGCUGCAGCAGCGGCUCUAGCUGGUAAGCUGGCUGACGUGCGGGAGCUGGAAGGCUACGAGCAAGCACUCCCAAGCGCCAAGUCUGCGCCGACUUCCGUUGAGAGUCAUGUUGAAGAUCCAGAGUCGGAUGUUGACCUCGAUAAGAUUUUGGAUGCGCCAGUCUCGGAAACCCCCGGUACACAAUCUAAAGCUCCUGCAGGUGGUGCGGGUGGCAUGCCAAAAUUCACACAGUUGAAGGGCAUCGCUGCGCCAAUGGAUAGAAGCAAUGUCGACACUGACGCCAUUAUUCCCAAGCAGUUUUUGAAGACCAUCAAACGAUCUGGCCUGUCAAAAGGUCUUUUCCACGCAUGGCGUUUCAAUGAAGACGGCUCGAGGAACCCCGACUUUGUCUUGAACAAGGAGCCAUACACCAACGCGAAGAUCCUGGUUGUCGGCGGUCCCAACUUCGGAUGCGGCUCUUCGAGAGAACACGCGCCGUGGGCCCUGUUGGACUUUGGCAUCAAAUGUAUCAUUGCAAGCUCAUUUGGCGACAUCUUCUUUAACAACACCUUCAAGAACGGCAUGUUGCCACUUCGCGUGACAGAUGAGAAGGCUUUGCAGAAGCUUAUGGAAGAGGCGGAUGCCGGCCACGAACUUGAAGUUGAUCUCGAGAAUCUGAUAGUGAAGGAUGCAUCUGGCAAGGAGAUUACCAAGUUUGAUUGCGAUGAGUUCCGACGACACUGCUUGCUCAAUGGUUUGGACGACAUUGGGCUGACCAUGCAAGACGACGAGAAGAUCACAAAUUUCGAAAAGAGGAGAUCGGAGGAGACUCCAUGGUUGGAUGGGUCUGGGUAUCUGUCCAGGCACAGGCCGGGUGCGGUAAAGGUUGAGGCCGCGCCUGUCCCCAAGACAAAUCGCGGCGAGACCAAGACCGAGCCGCUUGAAUGGUAGCGACGCUCGCGGUAAUGAUUGCGGUGAGAAUGCCGUGUCACGAAGAUGACUUGAUAUCGUUUGUAGCGAAGCCAAGGCAGCACUCCAUCUGUGAAUGGACGUUCUCAUUUCCAAA